CACCCUUCUUGGUUAUGUCUUGUUUGUUGGAUUAAUUUAUUGACAAUUUUAAUUCUGAAAGUGAUUUGUGCGAAGAGGAUGAGACCGAUUUUUGCUGGGAACUUGGAGUACGAUACUCGUCAAUCGGAGCUUGAACGAUUGUUUUCAAAGUAUGGAAGAAUUGACCGCGUGGACAUGAAAUCUGGAACUUCUACUAAGGGGAAACAUGCUGAGCUUCUGUCUUGGCUUGCCAACCUCUGCAAAUUUUUUUUGGAAGAAAACCUUCUUGCUUGCCUGCUCUCCUUCUACCCACUGAUCUGCAUUUUCUCAUCUGAUCAUUCGUCACUCACCUCACCAUCUCCCAACAUUGACAUUUCCACCAGAAUGUUCUUAGUGGGAUCAUCAAUCAAUUUAUUAAGCAAUGCAUAGCUUAUCUGAAAAUAGGGGAUCAAUGAAAUUCUGUCAAGUCAUGCCAUUCUAUUUCUGAAAUCACUUGUGCUGUCUGAAUGGAGAAGCAUGCUUAGCAGUCUCAGAUCUGAAUUUUGGAUUUAACCUUUAUUUGCAAUCAUGAUUUUGUUCCUCAUUCAACGCCUCUACAGCUUCAUGUGCAUCAGCCCUCACUUAUAUUCAGGUUUUGCUUUUGUCUAUUAUGAGGACGAGCGAGAUGCGGAAGAAGCAAUUCGUGCACUUGACAAUGUUCCAUUUGGUCAUGAAAAGAGGAGGCUAUCUGUGGAGUGGGCUAGGGGUGAACGAGGACGCCAUCGUGAUGGAUCAAAGGCAAACCAGAGGCCAACAAAAACCCUGUUUGUGAUUAACUUUGAUCCAAUCCGAACUAGAGUUCGGGAUAUAGAAAAACACUUUGAACCAUAUGGAAAUGUUCUUCAUGUCCGGAUUCGCCGGAACUUUGCUUUUGUGCAGUUUGAAACUCAAGAAGAUGCCACUAAAGCUUUAGAGUGUACAAAUAUGAGUAAGAUCUUGGACAGGGUGGUAUCUGUGGAGUAUGCUUUGAGGGAUGAUGGUGAGAGGGGUGACAAUUAUGAUAGUCCUAGAAGAGGAGGAGGUGGUUAUGAUAGAUCACCCAGUCCAGUUUAUCACAGGCGACCAAGCCCUGACUAUGGCCGUCCACGCAGUCCUGUCUAUGAUAGGUAUAACGGUGGUGGACCUGACAGGCGGAGGAGUCCUGAUUAUGGCAGACACAGAAGUCCUGAUUAUGGCAGGCGUAGGAGUCCUGAUUAUGGCAGGCGCAGGAGUCCUGAUUAUGGAAAACCAAGGAGUCCUGAUUAUGUGAAGCCGAGGAGUCCUGAUUUUGGGAAGCCAAGGAGUCCUGAAUUUGGUAGAUAUCGCAGCCGUUCUCCGGUGCGAAGGUCUAGAACGUAAGGGAAGCCCAGUUUUAGAGUAAGAAGAAAGGCUACAAUGGCACUGUCACUUUCUAGUUGUUAGAAUAGCAAGUGGUACAUUAUGUAGUAAAGGGUACUUCUGAGUUUAAUGUGGUUUGCGUCUUUACUUAGCAAUUAGUGCCAAUGGUUCCAUAGGGACCUAAUAUGAGACCCUGUUUAGUGUGGGAUUAUUGAUGCAUAUUUUUUCAAUGACAUCGUGCUUUGCUACAGCUGAAUUCUCUUUUCGUAGCCUAGUAUUGACACUAUUGUGAAUGAGUGCGCUCUUGCAGAAUUUGUAAUCAACUGUGCUCCAAAAGAAAUGUUAUUUGUUAAACUGCUUGUGCA